AUUAGACAUGUCAGGGGGGAUGGCAUGACGAGUCAUUGAGAGUAUACUAAACAACAAUGACAUAUUAAUGUCAUUAGAAACAGCCUUAUCAUCCUCGCCGUCAUCUUUUACCCCACCACAACCACCACGAUCACCAUCAGCAGCCAAUUGUACAACUCCUCAGAUAUGCGUGGACGAAGUACGCCAGAUCUUCCAGCGACCAGCACCAAGAUUUCAAUUUGCCAGGAAUUUUUCCUGCGAAGCCUCAGCUGGCGCUGUAAACUCCCGUAGAAGGUAAGUCCAUUAACAUUAUUUUCUAUGAAGUGACUUGCUAUGAAGUCUGAUAGCUGGCAUACAUUUUAACGUUAGUGGGACUGUCAUAAAAUAAAUGACCUGUAGAUGUCAAUGUAGGCUUAAGGUUAACGUUAAAUAUGUAGCAGCAGGCUAGAUAGUGUGUAACUAAAUUAUAUUCCGGUGCACAGUAGGCUAAAUGUCCUUGUAUGUUAAUGCUGAAAGUGUUCGAUAAACAGUAAAUCUUCGCUCCCUUGUCCGGACAUCAGCCUUUUAGUGACAUCACAUAAGCGUAUUGCUCGAGCUAGCUCAAAGUUUGAAAUCACACUGAAAAAGACAUUUGAAAAAGACCAGUAGCCAAUGUUAACCUGAAGCUAGUACCUGUUAGCAAAGCAGUGACGCUAGUCUAGAACAACACAUAGGUUAUAGAUAUGAAUGAUCAGUUGCUUUAUUUACUUUUUUUGUAUCUUUCAACAUGUCUACAGAAGACGUGUCAGAAGUGAUGGAGCAUCAAGAGAAGAGAAGUAUGCUUGCUGCCAUCACCUGGCCAUGGCACAGUGCCAAGGGGACAGCUGAGGCUUCAACUAAUUCAGAAUGGCCAUAUCCUCUCCGGGGUCAAUUUCAAGAAAGACUGGGAUGAGGCACAGGUGUUGGCGCACAUCCGACAUCUUUUUCAGACAAAAAUUACCGAAUAUACACAGUAAGUUUUUAUUUCCAUCUCGACUUGGGAAGUAACUCGGUAAUGUAACGUCAUUGAAAAGUCUACUCUAAGGAAACGGGCAGUUAGUUACUUCUGUUCAACUCUGAUCAGAACUUUACUUAACGUCUAACUCCCUUCAAUGACCCCACCCCUCGGACACCUCCCCCCAAUCACAAACCCAUCAAAAAUGAUUGACACGUUCUUUGACAUGAGAGGGAGCGGGAGAUACACAAACACUUGCGCACACACAUUUACAUUCACACACCCGCACGCUCAGACCGCGAAAAACUGGGGGUCGACUCGCAAGCAGACGUCACAAUUACAUUCUAAAUGGAAGCAUGUAUACAGUCUAUGGUGUGAACCAGUUCCCAGAUCCCCAAAAAUGUCAUGUUGCGCUCUUGAGUGCCAAAUCAAGAGAGAAGAGCAACUCAGCCCAUGCUAACAUUACCGUUUUUAGCGUGUAGUUGCAACCUGAACCUGGCACUAAACGCAACAGGUACAUUUUUAAAAACAUAAGCACUUAUGUACAUUAGAACUUUGCAUCCACCCUUAUCUUAUUUUGUUUUGUUAUUUUUUUCCAGCUCUUAGGGAAGACAGGUACUUUGUAGCUGGAAGGGCUGUUGCUGUGUACCUGGUCCAUGGUGGACCUCCACCAAAUUUCUUGUCAAACACAUUGUUUGAAAGCAUUGUCAAGGGCCCUGGGCAAACCUGUGUUGGAGGAUAUAGCUGAUUUUGAGCUACGUGGAAAAUUGAAAAGGGUUUCAGAGUCUGAAACCCUGGAGGACCUCAAAAAUGCCACAGGACCCCUACAGGACUACCUUGCCAAUGCAGGUUGUCUGAGACAGCUGACAAACAUUUCACACAAGGAAAGGCUGGUGGAGGAUGUUCUACUCUUCCAAGUCGUAAAUAGAGUCCGUGCACCAUUUGAAAGAUUCCGAGAAGGACUGAAGACCUUGGGCAUACUUUCGAAGAUACAAGAACAUCCACAAGCAUUCCAUCCCAUCCUUUGCCACCAACCUGUUCAUUUAACUGCGGACAAGUUGGAUGACUUGUUUGAAAUCCAAUGGUCAGUGGAAGGAAGCAACAGACUAAAUGUAGAGUGUCAAAUUGUGACCUUUUGGAGGGAUUUCCUACAGGAUACUGAAGGUAAACAUGUGUUCACUAUGUAUUCACUAUGGCACAUGUAGGAAAAUAUGGGGAUCACAGAUAGUUAUUUGAAUAAAAUUGCAAUGGUCAAUUACAGUUACAAUUGUGACGCCCCAGCUCUACCAUGGUACUUUUUUGCACUACACAUCCACAUGCUGACCUACACCACAGUUUGCUUUGCCUUACAUAU